AUGGCGGUAGACAGUAGGGGACAGUACUGGACAGUGGUUGACAACUGUAGUGGACAGUGGUUGUCAGUGGUGGACAGCAGUAGUGGACAAUUGUGGUCAGUGGUGGACAAUGGUAGUGGACAGUGGUGGACAGUGGUGGAUAGUAGUGCAGUUGGAAAGUGGUGGACAGUGGUGGAUAGUGGUGGACAGUGGUGGAUAAUGGUCGUGAACAGUAGUGGACGAUGCUGGACAGUGGUGGACAGUAGUGGAGAGUGGUUUAGAGUGAUGGACAAUGGUAGUGGACAUUGGUGGUCAAUGGUAGUGGACAGUAGUGAACAGUGGUGGACAGUGGUGAUAGUGAUGAAUAUCAAAAAGAUGCCUACCAGAUUUGGAAAAGAAAGUGAACAACUUGAGCAUGCUAUUGAUCGUGUUCUUGUCACAAUUUCGGAAAGAAGAUUGGCACGUAGUCUACAUGGCACUAUUGAACAGCCACCUCAUAGCAUUCUUACAGCUACCCUUGAACUGGUUAAUAUUGUCAACACGAUAUUAAACAUUCUGGAAAGUGAUGAAGGAGCAUUUACACUGGAAUGUGACAAAGGAUACAAAUCUGAAACAGAAAUCCAGAAUACAGAUUCAUUUGAAACUUUAGGGGGUUCUUUUUAUUAUAAAACUCUCCAAGACCUAACAAUAAUUGAAAGUGAUACUCCUCUUGUGGACUCUGGUUCUGAAAAGUGUGUGAUUGAUUCAGACUCCGACAGAGGUGUUGUCUCAGAUUUUGAGUUAGAAGAACAAUCUAAAGCCUCUGGAUCCGUAGUGUGGGGACUGGAUUCUGACUCAGAAAAGUCUCCAAGGGAUUCACAUUCUAGAAAACGCUUGUUUAAAGCAGAAACUUGUCAGCUGGAUUCAGUCUCCAUCGAAGACUUGACCAAGACUGGGGAGCACCUGGUGAGAAUUGAACAGUGCCAGAUGGAAUCUGGAUCUCUGGAACAUUGGAUGCCUUCAGGAUCAGAAAAGUCCCUGGAAGAGUCUACCUCUGAAAGAUUCUCUGACUCUGACAAUGAAAGGAAGAAAGAAGAAAAAUUCCAAAUGGCUUCAGCUUCUAUAAAACGUCUGAUAGAAUCUGAAGAAACAAAGAUGGAGAAUGAAAAUUUGUGGAUGAUCCCUGAUUCUGAGAGUUAUUCAGUGGACUCACACACAGAAAAAGAUAGAACACCAACAUCUAAAGUACAUCUGAUACAGGGUGAUGAAACAGAAAAACCAAGAACUAAGAGAUAUAUGGUGGACUCUGAUUCUGAACCAAGUGAGACAGACUCAGAUUCAGAAAGAUGUGAACUAGCCUCAGCAGCUGUGAAAUAUUUCAUGGAUACACAAACAUUUCGCCACACCAGUGCUAGCAACCAGUUCCCAAAGGAUUCGUGGUCUGAAAGUAGAACGGUAAAUUCAGAUUCUGAAAGCCCUGUCAUGUCCUCUGAUUCUAUGAAAUACAUGAAGAAGGCUGAAACAUGCAAAAGUACCUGCAAUUUGGAAAGACUAAAGGUGGUUCACAAGUCUGAGUCUCUACAGAGCUGGUUAGAUGCUAAAAGAAAACAAUUAGAAUCUGCUCAUGCUGGAUACUGGGAUAGCUCCGGAAAAUAUCAGUUUACGUCUAUAGUACCUCAAGAGAGCUUUGGAAAAUGUCAGGGUGACCUUCAAACAUUUCAGAGUAUCACUGAAAAAAAUGAAGUAGGCUCCAGUUCUGAUAAACAUCAGACACAAUUUGGAAACGAAAGAGGUCAAAAUGAACCUGAAAGUAAAAGAUACCUGAGAAAGACAGAGAAAGGAUUAGACAGUGAGGGCUUUCAAAUGGAUAAGGAAAGAGAAGGAUAUCUUGUGGAGUCUGACCACCGUGAUUCAGAAAAUGAGACACACCUCCUAGAAGCACAUCGGCUUGGUGCUCGUAGAAAGGAGAAUCGUCCUCCAGGGUUUUGGAGGCCCAUUAUCUUGCCUCCUAAGCUUGCCCAGGAAAAGAAAACUGAAGAGCAAAAGUCUGUACAGCAAAGAGAUGACAGAUUUUCUAGAAUUCAGCUAACAAGAUACAAGAGUGAAGACAAAAAUGUGAGAUUCAAAGAGGCAUCUUCAAGUCUCAGUACAAGCAACUCUCCACAAGAAAAGUUACAGAAGAAGCACAGCUAUGGCUUUUCUCCAGACCCUCACACAUUUACAGGUGAAAGGCAUCCCAGAAAAGCUAGCCGGAAACUAUCUGUCUAUAAGCGCCAUUGCAAGGAGUAUAGAUAUUCCCAUAGCUGCGAGAGUUUGAAGUAUCAAAUCAGUCCUAUUCCUCUAAGUUUUGAGACUUGCACCUCUAAGGUAUCAUCAUUUGCUGGCAAUCCAACUUCUGAAAGUCCUAAGUCUGUCACAAGAAAGAAGACUCGAAGAAGUAUUACAUAUUCUCCGGAUGUGAAAACUCAAAAAUGUACUAGAUGUUUUGUGGAAAUCAGUAACUCUUCUUCUCAUAAAUGCACUGCGAAUUCUGAUGAUUCUGACUCCGACUCUCCAUUACAUGGCCAGAUUUCAUCAUAUUCUAAGUAUUCUCUGCACUCUAAAACCACCAGACACUUCAAGACAGCUCGAAAUCGCCCUUUAUCCCGAUCCCUGGAUCCUCAGCAUCCUGUGGUCACCCGCUGCUCUCUGCACGGAGAAGAUUCUAAAUAUUCUAUAGAUUCCACCUCUUAUUUACAUUGUGAAAGUUGUUCAGCUCUCCAAAACAUUAAGGGGUCUUCUGUUACACAUACCAUUUCUAAGAACACUAAAAAAAUCAUGGGCCAACAUAGCACCCAUGGCCACAUGUCAGCACCUAUAAGAUUUCCUCAAAGUGAAAGCAGCAAGUUCAACCUUAGUACCCAACCUCAAAAUAAGGAUACUCCUGAUGACAGUGACAUUAGAUUUAUCAGUACUAGAAAUAUCAAAGGUGAGGCUAAUGUUGAAGAUAAACUUCCUUACAAAGAUGAGACAGACCAUGACGAUGAGACCAAUACUGAAGAUGAAACAGAUGAUGAAACAGACACUGAAGAUGAAGAUGAUACCAAAGAUAAGAAAGAUCCUAAAGAUAAAUCUGACCCUGAUGGCAAUGAUCCCAAAGAUGGCAACUCUGAGAAUAAUACGGAUGGCAACAGUGGGUCUCAUUCUAGUGGUUCUUCUGGACAUAUGGGUGAACCUGAUUCCAGCAAUGAUGGUGACUCUAAAUAUGUAACUGAUCACAAGAGUGAAUCUGACCCUACCAUUGAUAAUGCCAACAACAGUGACAUUAACUUGAAAUACAGCACUGAUGAUCUAUAUACCAACAAUUUAGGCAAUGCUUCAGAUCUGGCAGAAUAUUUUGAUCACCACAAUAAUGCUGAUUUCAAGAGUAGCACAAAUCCAGCCUCUGGAAACAAAACUAGAACUGUACUGGACUUUACUUCUGGUUCCAUCAAUGAGGACACAGGCCCUAGAAAUACUACCGUACAAGAAAAUAUUGUUUAUUCUGAGAAUAUUAGAUUGCUUUCCAACAGUCAUCAAAAUAAUGCCAUUAAAACUGAGAGUGACCCAAGCAGUAACCCCAGCCCCCAAAACAGCUAUGGGCUCCCUAAAGACCUUGAGUUUAACACUAAUAUCACAGCCAGUAAUGCUACUAACAGUAUUGCUAACCCUAACUAUGGCACAAAACUUACUAGCACUGCUAUUUACAGACAUAGAUCUGCCCUAAACUAUUAUUCAGAUGUUAAUGAUGUCACAGGGUUUACAUACGAAAUAAGGUCAAGUUUUGUAGUCAACUCAAAGUAUUUUGACAGAAAGAAAUAUGCUGUGAGACCUAGUUUUGCACUUAGCACUAUCACUGCCAUUGAUAAUAGUAACAUUACCACCCGUACUACUGCCAUUAGCUCUCAGUUUACUGCUGAAAAGAUCUAUGCUCUAGACACUGAAUAUUUCCCUAGAUUGAGUCAUUUCAGGAGUUUCAACAUUAUCAUCAACCCAAAUUAUAAUGAUGAAAAUAUUCAGAAUGUUAAUAAUUCUAUUGUCAUCAUUAAUAACAAUCUACCUGCCACUGAAUUAGAAACAAAUUCCAUAUUAUCUGUUCUUAAAACCAUUUAUAAAAAUAUCUCACAUUUUAUUGCUGGCACAAACUAUCCUGAUUUUUUUAUUACCUCGGAAUUUUAUGAGCCCGUUGAGCUUGGUAGAGCUUAUAAAGUUUUUGAUAACCAAAAUAUUGGUGCUCCAUUCCAAGUCUCUGCUGGAUACAUGGACUCUGAUAAUUCUAAGUAUGCCACUGGGUCCAUGGAUGCCCUUGAUGCCAAAGAAUCUGGCUUAAAAGAUUUUUCUAGGAUCCAGAAUACAAUUGGCAUCAAGCAUCCUCCUUCUACUUUCAAGGUUCUUUCCAAUCAAAAUAUUCCAUCCCCUAGUUUUGAUGUUAUAGUAGAAGCUGAACUGCCAAAUAUUGUGAAGUUUGCUAUAUCAUCAGGUGCUGUGAACCAGUUAUUUAAGCUCAGACUCCAAACAGGUAGCAGACAAAAUGUUGACCUUUGA